AUGGAGUUGUGGACAGUCAAGUGGUGCCGGGCUGGUUUGUCGCCAAAACUGACCAAACUGGAUGACUGGUUCAAAGGCGCAUGGAACAAAAAAUCCUUAAUAACGGGCAAGGGCCUGUUCACCUGCAACGGUGUGCUUGCUUUGCUCGAAAUUGACCAAUGGAAACGAGAGGGACGGAACCGAAGAGAGCAAAGCAAAUUCAGGAACCAGACCAUCCGUCAAACCCUGCGUUUGUACAUUGUUCUCCUCCAGGGCAACGCUAUGCCGAGGCGUACCGACCUACCUCGAACGCUCACCAUCGGUGUAAGCGGCACGCCGCACACCUCCCCUCACCUGCGGAAAGGACUCUUCAACCACACGAUCAUAGUCUCGCCCUUCGAAUCCUGA